CGUGGUUCCCGAUUUCGACUCGGGCUUUUGGACUUCUCUUUUUUUCUUCGAGUGUCUGUUGAUGUUGGUGUUCAUCGGUUUUGUGAGGUGCCAGACGGAAAUGGAUUAAGUGUGUAGGAAGAUUAUUUCGCUGACUCCAAAUAAUGAACCUGAGUCAAAUGCCGGAAGCUCAAAGAACCCUCCACCUCCCGACCAAAAUGGAACCCGCCAAACUGAAAUUCGGUAUCGAUCGACUGCUCUCCAAUACCGAAACCAGCGACCUGAAACCCCCCGAAAAACUAUCAUACAUCGAGACCACGAUCCAAAAACCUCUUCCGACGAUCGCAGUACCGUGCUCCGACUGUGUCACAUCAUUGUUUAGGUGCUGCAAAUUGAGUCCGACAAGAAACUGCGGUCUGGACGGCAUGACGGCACAAGGACACGAAGGUAUUCCCGGUUACUUCGGUCAUACGUAUGGCAGUUCAAGUGGCACCUACACCGUCCAGCCCAUCCGUCCUUUCGCCACCCGACCAAAUAUGAGAAUUGCUGUACCUCCAUCACCUUCUUCACCGCCAGGAGUUUCGUCCAGCAAUACCAACAAAAGGAAACGGUCUUGGUCCAGAGCGGUCUUCAGUAAUUUGCAACGCAAAGGCUUGGAAAGACGUUUCCAGCUGCAAAAGUACAUAACGAAACCUGACAGAAGACAACUGGCUGCCACUCUGGGAUUGACGGACGCCCAGGUGAAAGUCUGGUUCCAGAACAGACGGAUGAAAUGGAGACAUUCGAAGGAGGGCGGCAAACCGGGCGAUAUUCCUGCCGAUUCCACUCAGGAAGAUUUUCAUAUAGACGUCGACACCGUAACCGAUGACACCGACUGAAUUUGUGUACCUUUUUUCGAUGUAUUUAUGUGUAAUUUUAAUGUGCGAUUAUAGUUAUUUUUAUUAAAAUUGAGUAGUUUU